AUGCUGGAACUCGAAGACCUGCCAUUGGGACUACGGGAGCUAGUCGACGCUGCACCCACAACGACAGGAAAGGUGCCAACGCCUCAAGAAAUAGACGCUCAGAGAGAAUUCAAAGCGAAAAUGAAGGCAAGGUUGGCGGCACUGCCAUCCCACAGCAAUGGAGACAAUCUGACGCUUGGCUACAAUGCCAUCAUGAAGCUUGUCAAGAAGAAACAGCAAUCCAAACCACCACCAAAGAAGAAGAAGAAGAAAGCAGGUUGCGAACCGUCAACUCCCAAAGAAGUCAAUAGCACCAGCAUCAAAGUGCCCGAUCAGACAGGACGACAUCUCGAGCGCAGCGAACACAUUGACUAUUUGCUAGUAUUGGAUUUUGAAGCCACGUGCAGCCCCAACGGGGAGGCCGACCCGGACCCAGUAGAGAUUAUUGAAUUUCCCACAUUGCUUCUAAAUGUCAAAACGGGCGAGAUCGAAGACACAUUUCAUUACUAUGUCAAACCCGAAGUGCACCCAGAGCUGUCGGAGUUCUGUACAUCUCUGACAGGGAUACAUCAAUCUACCGUCAAGCAAGGGAAAACUUUGACCGAAGUUCUGGCCUUGCACCAGCAAUGGCUGGAACAGCAUAAUCUCAUUGCAUCAUCGGCGACAGACAACACUCCAGCGACGCAAAGACUCCGCAAACAGCGGUUCCUUUAUUGCACCAGCGGGGACAGCGACUUGCGUCAAUAUCUUCCGCAGCAGCUGAAAUAUCACAACCAGCCCGUCCCCUACCAUUUCAAGUCAUGGAUCAAUAUUCAGCAUCCAUUUUCCAAGUUCUAUCACUGCAAAAGCCGAGGAAUGACCAACAUCUUGCAUCUUCUGGACAUUGAGCUUGAAGGGCGAGUCCUGUUGGGUGUUGUGGGCACCAGUCGGGGUGGCCUGAUCGACCACACUGUCGCCAGGGAUGCUCUCGUGAAUGCCCUCGCAACUGCCGAGUCUGCUGCCAUGGAGAAAGACAUUGUCAUUAUCAGCGGGGGUGGUCUUGUUCCCAAGCUGGCGUUUCAGUGGGCAUGUGCAAAAGGAUACGAAGCGGUCCAAGUGGCGUCCUCUGCCGUCAAGAGCACUCCCAAAGGGUGGUGUGACCAUAGGUUCGAACCAUGGAGAUGA